AUGCAUGGUGAUGUCCACACACUCAAUUCUAUGCUAAAGAAUUCACCAGGAGUUCCUCCUAGUGCUACAGCACAUGAACUCUUUAGAGGUUUCAGUUAUAUUGCAACAGAUUUGCUUGAAGAGGAAAAACCUAUUAGUAAAGCUACAAGUAAUGUUGACCUCAAACAAAUGUAUAAAAAUUCUUUUACUAAAGAGUAUGAAGUAAGAAAUGUUCUUGGAACUGGCUCUUAUUCUGUAUGCCGAAAAUGUAUUAACAAAACAACAGGAAAAACUUUUGCUGUUAAGAUAAUAACAAAAUGUGGAAGAGAUUGCUCUGAAGAAAUAGAAAUUUUAUUCCGUCAUGGCAAGCAUCCCAAUAUCGUAACUUUAUAUGAAGUAUUUGAGGAUGCAGAAUAUGUUUAUUUGGUCAUGGAAUUGCUUGCAGGUGGAGAAUUAAUAGAUAGGAUUCUGAAACAACAAUCAUUUUGUGAGAGAGAUGCUAGUGCCAUAUUAGAAGUUUUGAUUAGUACUGUAAAUUAUUUACAUGAAAAUGGGGUUGUGCAUCGUGAUUUAAAACCAUCAAACAUAAUGUAUGCUGACACUUCUUGCAGCCCAGAAUCAUUACGCAUCUGUGAUUUCGGUUUUGCAAAACAAAUGAAAGCUGAAAAUGGUAUGCUUAUGACACCUUGUUACACUGCAAAUUUUGCUGCUCCUGAAGUUUUAAAGAAGCAAGGAUAUGAUGAAGCUUGUGAUAUAUGGAGUUUAGGAAUUUUGUUGUGCAUAAUGUUAACAGGGUAA